AUGCUGCGAGGAGCGACGCACUCGAUGCCACUAACGCGUCGUUCGUUGCGCGCCUUAUCGACGCGUCGGGUGGCGCAAUUGGAGACUCAAGUGCUGGAAAAGUUGCGCAGUGUCUCGGAUGGAUUGGGGCUGGGCGACAUCGUAUCCUUAGGCCGUGUUAAAGACUUGCAUUUGAAGCCUGAGAAUGGACUUGUUGCGUGCAAGAUUGAGAUGUCAUCGCCGGCCCUGAUGGACUUGGCCCAGCAGUGGCAAAAGGAGGCGCAAUUUGCUGUGAAGAAGCUCGAGUGGGUGAAAGAAACAAAGUUUGAGAUCACCAAGUAUCGGCCACGUAACGCUCGUGCUGGGCGUUUCUCGUCGCUGGCUCACGUUUCGGAUAUCAUCGCAGUGUCAAGUUGCAAGGGUGGAGUGGGAAAAUCUACAGUGGCAGUUAACUUGGCUUUCAGUCUGGCAAAGCGUGGUGCUCGGGUUGGUAUUUUGGAUGCCGAUAUCUAUGGACCAAGUCUACCCACUAUGAUCUCAUCAUCGAAAGACUGCACCAUUCGUCCGUCAAGAAAGGUCAAGAACUUUGUCGAGCCGGUAGAGUACGAGGGUGUCAAAUGCAUGUCGUUCGGCUUUGUGAACCAACGUGCUGCUCCGGGUGCAGGAGGAGUCGGAGCCGCUGUGAUGCGUGGACCUAUGGUUUCAAAGCUAGUAGAUCAGCUCGUUCUUGGUACAGAAUGGGGCGACCUCGAUUAUUUGGUAGUGGAUAUGCCACCAGGAACAGGGGAUAUACAAAUAUCCCUUUCGCAACAAAUGGCUAUUUCAGCCGCAGUUGUCGUAACAACACCGCAAAGACUUAGCUUUGUCGACGUAGAGAAGGGAAUUGCAAUGUUUGAUGACCUAAAGGUGACAACUGCAGCUGUAGUGGAGAACAUGUCCUAUUUCGACUGCUCUCAUGGACAACGACACUAUCCGUUUGGGCCAGGACACACACACGAGCUUGUCAAUAAAUACAACAUGAAAAACGUAUUCAAGCUGCCUAUCUCAGAGCAUUUCAGUUCUUCUGUUGAUUCUGGACGUCCCUUCGUUUUGUCAGGAUUGUCUUCAGAGGAAGAAAAGAUUUACGACUUGCUAGCGACCACAGUUGCAAAGGAACUGGUGGUAUUGAAGCACGACGUUCGCCUGGCACCGGAUCUGCUCUACGAUAAGAACCGCGGCAUUGUUCUCCGUUUGUAUAGUUUAAACGAGGCAAAGGAAGCUGUGCUUCACCCAGCUGAUCUCCGUGCUCGAUGCCGGUGCGCUCAAUGCAUCGACGAGUUUACUGGAGAGCAGAUUUUGGAUGCAGCUACCAUUUCAGAUGAUAUUCACCCGACCGCAGUCGAACGAAAGGGCAACUAUGCCUUUGCAGUCACGUGGAGUGAUGGCCACACGUCUUCGCUCUACACGUACGACGCACUUACAGCACUCAUCGCUGAAUACACGAGCGAACAGCAAUAA